AUGUCAGAUGCAGAAAACAUAAACUUGGUUUACAAGAGUUGUGCAGAUGAGAAAGUGAACGACCCAUUUGGGAUAUACUCACAGAACCUCAAAACCCUCUUGGUUUCUCUAGUGACACAAUCUGAACAAAAGCCAUUCUUCACCACAACCUUUGGGGAAGGCCAUAAUGAGAUCAUGGGUCUCUACCAAUGCGGAGGGGACCUCUCAAACUCUGCAUGCAACAACUGCGUGAGCAAGAUUCCUGAAAUGCUUGACAAAUUGUGUGGCAAGGUGGUGGCAGCGAGGGUUCAGCUUAUUGAGUGCUAUCUGAGGUACGAGGUUGUUGGGUUCAAGCAAGUUCCUGAGACGCAAUUGCUUUACAAGGUUUGUGGGUCCAAGAAAGAGAAUUAUGAUGAUGGGUUUGAGAGAAGAAGGGACUACGCUUUUGGUGUGGUGGAAAGUGGUGUGAAAAGUGGUGGAAACUUGUUUUACACUGGGAGCUACGAGUCCCUCGAUAUGUUGGGGCAGUGUGAGGGCGAUUUGGGCAAUGAUGAUUGUGGGGAUUGUGUGAAGAGUGCUGAGGAUCAGGCCAAGGCUGAGUGUGGUGACUCAAUUUCUGCACAAAUUUAUCUGCACAAAUGUUUUAUCAGCUACAGUUUUUACCCCAAGGGGUCACCGGGGCAACAGGACUGCACUCGGAGGGCUGUAGCUCUUACAGUGGGAGGGUUUGGAGCUUUGGCUUUAUUAAUUGUUUGUUAUUUAGUUAUCAAGUCAAGGUUGAAGAAAAAAGGAGAUGAUACUGAGGAUUGGGCUGAAAAAGGUGACAAUAUUAAGAAUUGGACUGCAUAUAUCAUGUAA